AGAUUGUUUUUUAUAGGAAAUGGUGGUUCAACACUUCACGUUCUUCAAUGCUUGGAAAAGCUGUAUGGUGAUCAGUGGACUUCUCUUCUUGUGCUGUUAAUUCAUUCUGGUGGUUAUAGCCAACGUUUACCAAGUGCAAGCGCGCUGGGCAAGAUUUUCACAGCUUUGCCCUUGGGUGAUCCCGUGUACCAGAUGCUGGAGCUGAAGCUUGCAAUGUACAUCGAUUUCCCGGGGCACAUGAAACCAGGAAUUCUCGUUACUUGUUCCGAUGACAUAGAGCUUUACAGCAUUGCAGAAACAGAAACCAUCACAUUUGACAAACCUGGAUUUACUGCUUUGGCUCAUCCUUCAGAUUUGGCAAUUGGGACCACUCACGGAGUGUUUGUUUUGGAUCAAGCCAGGUGUUCAGGUGAAGGACUUGAAUACAGAUCUUGCCAUCGCUUCCUGCACAAGCCGGACGUGGAGAGGAUGCGCCGGUGCGGGGCAGUUUGUGUCAGACCGAGCUCCUGCGGAGACCGCAGCGGCUCAGAAACGGGCUCGGAGUACGUGUACACUGACAGUAUAUUUUACAUUGAUCAUAGCACUGCCAAACUAUUACUGGCAUUUUAUAACCAAAUAGAUAGUCUUUGCUGUGAAAUAGAUGCAUAUGGUGACUUCCUCCAGGCCUUGGGACCUGGUGCCACUCAAGAUUACACAACAAACACAAGUAAUGUCACAAAAGAGGAAUCACAGUUGGUGGAAGUAAGGCAGAAGCUAUAUUCUCUCCUUAAAGGAACUCCCCUCAAUGUUAUAGUAUUAAACAAUUCCAAAUUCUAUCAUAUAGGGACUACUCAAGAGUAUUUGUUUCAUUUUACAUCUGAUAGCAAACUGAAAUUUGAGCUUGACUUGCUGCCUGUAGCUUUUAGCAUCUUUUCUGGCAAAGCUGAGACCUUGGAUCGAUCAUGGAGUAUCAUUCAAAGCAUACUUGAGCCUGGGUGUCUCAUCGGGCCUGGAACCGUUAUUGAGUACUCCAGAAUUGGACCUCAAGUAUCAGUAGGGAGUAACAGCAUUAUCAGUGGCUCACACAUAAAUUUUAAGGCAGAGAUACCCUCAGACUGUUUUCUGAGUUCACUAAGUAUAAAGAUGAACGAUGAAGUGAAGUAUGUAAGCAUAGUGUUCAGUGUACAAGACAACUUGAAAAGGAACGUGAAGCUGCUGUCAGAUGUACAUUCUCUGCAGUUUUUUGGAGUCAGCUUACCAGAGUGCUUGGAUCUCUGGGAUUUACCGGUUUCAAAGCAGCUCUUCUCCAGUGAUAGCACAAAUUUGGGGUUGUGGACUGCUAGGAUUUUUCCAGUUUGCUCUACUUUAAGUGAAUCAGUUAGAAUGUCAUUAAAACUAUUAAACUCUGUGCAGCACAGGGCAACUUUUAAACUGAGCAGCUUUAAGCUCUUAUCUGUUGCAGAAAUGCUGACUCACAAAGAUGUAGAAGACAUGUUGAAGUUCAGGAAGCAAAUUUAUGAAGAAAUCUGUCUACAAAGACAAAAAGAGAAAUCUGAUUUGUAGAAGACCAGUAUUUGUCACUUUUCCUGUCUUUAAUUUCUGGGAGAUUGAUUCGUUUCAAGCCAGUCGAAAUCA